CUACUUGCGUAUAAAAGUAGAAGCUUCACCGACUCGCCCUAAACCCUAGCAAAACCCUCCUCCUCGAAUCUGGACGCGCCACUGCAGCUGACUUAUUGCAUUUGCAGAAGAAGAGAGGAGAGGGAAGCUAGGAAAGAAAUGGGCAGCCUCCUCUUGAUCCGGAGAUCGUCCUCCUUCCCAACGAGGAAAUUGGCUCUCACGGCCCUCGCCCAUUUCUUCAAUGGAAAACUACCUCAAUCUCCUUUGAAUCCCCUUGUUGCGCCUCGGAAUCACGCCUAUGCUGCCGGGUCUGCUCCGGUUUUUGGAUUAACGCGGGGUUUCCAUUCUAGUCGCGCUUUGCAGGCUGGGGUUGCCGCCGCUGAAUAUUCUUAUGCCGAAGAGAAUUGGACUUCCACCGGAUCUUCCGAUGAUGGGCUUGAAAUCUCGAAGCUCGGGAUUUCUCAGGAGAUUGUGUCGGCCUUGAAGCGGAGGGGUAUUGAGAAGCUUUUCCCGAUCCAGAAAGCAGUUUUGGAACCGGCUAUGCAAGGUCAUGACAUGAUAGGUAGAGCAAGAACAGGAACUGGGAAGACUCUGGCUUUUGGUAUUCCUAUCAUGGAUAAGAUUAUUAAGUUCAAUGAGAAGCACGGUCAGGGUAGGAAUCCGCUAGCACUUGUUUUGGCUCCAACCAGAGAACUUGCCAAACAGGUGGACAAGGAAUUUUCAGAAUCUGCUGCAAGAUUAGAUACGUUAUGUGUCUACGGAGGCGUUCCAAUAUCUCGUCAGAUGAGUACACUUGACCAUGGUGUUGAUGUGGUUGUUGGGACACCAGGCCGUGUCAUCGAUUUGAUUAAGCGUGGUGCCUUGAAUUUGUCAGAAGUCCAGUUUGUUGUUCUUGAUGAGGCUGAUCAGAUGCUUAAUGUGGGAUUUGCUGAUGAUGUCGAGACAAUCUUGGGGUAUAUGAGGCAGAAACAUCAGACAAUGAUGUUUUCAGCUACAAUGCCAAAUUGGAUAGUGAGGCUCACACAGAAGUUCUUGAAAAAUCCAAUUACAAUUGAUCUUGUUGGAGAGUCGGAUCAAAAGUUAGCUGAUGGGAUAUCCUUAUAUUCAGUUACAUCAGAGAUGCGAGAGAAACCAGCCAUUCUUGGGCCUCUGAUAACUGAGCAUGCAAAAGGGGGUAAAUGUAUUGUAUUUACUCAAACAAAGCGAGAUGCUGAUCGAUUAUCAUAUGCCAUGCAAAGGAACAUUAAAUGUGAGGCCUUGCAUGGUGACAUCUCUCAGAACCAAAGGGAGAGAACUCUGUCUGCCUUCCGGGAAGGACGAAUCAAUGUCUUGGUAGCUACUGAUGUUGCUGCCCGUGGCCUUGAUGUUCCAAAUGUUGAUCUGGUUAUACAUUAUGAACUUCCGAACUCUUCUGAGACUUUUGUUCACCGCACUGGGCGGACAGGUCGUGCUGGGAAGAAAGGUAGUGCAAUUCUUAUCCAUUCAUCUCACCAAUAUAGGGAUGUUAAAGGUAUUGAACGUGAAGUUGGAUGCCGAUUUGUAGAGCUCCCAAGGGUACCUGUUGACGAAGGAGCUUUGGACAUGUAUAGUAGCAUGGACCAAGGUGGUCGGUUUGGUUAUGGUGGUCGUAGUGGAGGUGAUCGAUAUGGUGAUUCUGCGUUUGGACGCUCUGGUGGUUUUGGCAGCUCCAGGGGUGGACGUCUUGGUGGAUAUUCUGGUUCCUCUGGAGGAUUUGGAAAUUCUGGGAGUGGUCGCUCUGGUUCUUAUGGAGGAUUUGGAAGUUCCGGUGGAUAUAGAAAUUCUGAGGGUGGUCGUUUUGGGGGGUCAAGUUCAGGUGGUCUCAGUGAACGAGCUGCAAACCGGUCUGGGAAUUCUGGAUCUUUUGGUUCUGGUCGAACAGGUGGUUUUGGAGACCUGAGUGGUUCAGAUGGGAAAAGUUGGUUUGGAAAUGUUGGUAGUUCAAGCCGGUCAAAUGGCUUUGGGGAUUUCGGUUCCAAUGGUUCCAGUGGCUUUGGCAAUUCCCCGUCUGGACAGAGUUCUAGCUCGACUCGCUUUGGUGAUUUAGCUAAUGAUAAAAAUGAUGGUAACAGGAACACCGGGAGAAGAUGGCUUGUCUGAAGCUAUUAGAGACAACAGCUGAGAUUGGAUUAGGGUAGCAAGAAACCUUCUCAUGUGUCUAUUUACCAAAUUUGUUAUUUCCAUUAUAGACAGUAAGUUAUAUUUCAUUGAAUCAGUAUGGACAACGAAGGAGCCGGACAAUAUACUACCAGCUUGCUCGCUGACAAUCAGGCUAUGUUGGAGCUAACGAUAUGCAAAUUGGCAACAUGCUGCUAGAGUUACUUAUGAUUCUAAUAUUGUAACCUAUUAAACAAGGUACUUUAUUGACCUUGAUUCGAUUAAUACCAGGAGACAUGAUAAUUUUUCG